UUCCAAAACGGACUAUCUAACUCUCGUAUAUCGGAUCGGAUCGGGGCAGACAAUGUGCCAUUAUAAUGCCAUAAAGCCCACAAAGGUGGUGUAUGGGUAUUUUGUGUAUAGAGAAAAGGAGUUAAUUAAUUUAUUUUAUUGGCAAUAACAUGAUUUAGAAAUUAGCACAUCGUGUGGCUUGCUCUCAGUGGUGCCCUGCUCUCCGCCGUAACACCUCCACACGCAUCCGUAUCUGUAUCUGCGGUAUCUGUCUAAGUGCUCAGCGACAAAAAAAUCACACAUUCCGCCAAUGUAUAAAAUGCCGGAGCGCUUACAGUUGUUCCCAUUAAACUUGCAACAGCUCAGCGUUCAAGUCAAGGCGAUAGAUCUCAUCCGGAAUUGAACUACCACUGCUAGCCCCCACUUGUAAUAUCACGUAUACGCCUCCGCCAUGGUGCAAACAGAUGAGAUACUUGAGGCUCUGAAGCGCCAGAGCGAGGAUCGGGAUGCCAAAGAGCGGGAGGAGAACUAUAGGAAGGACAAGGAGCAGGUGACCACUGAGACGGCGGCCAUGAUCGAGGAGAUCAUCGAGGGCAUCUCGCUGCAAAAUCGUCGCGGCACCAUAGUCCGUACGAUUUCCGCGAUUAUCAGUCAUCGCGAGCAGGAGCAACGGAAUGCUGAGGACGUUCUUUUCGAUAUGUUCGCCAGCGAGGAGACGGGCCUCAUAUCGAUGGGAAAGUUCCUGGCCGGGCUGAAGACCACUGGCAUUCGCAGGAAUGAUCCUCGAGUGCGCGAGUUGAUGGAUAAUCUAAAGAAAGUUCAUAAACUGAACAACUACGAGACGGGUUCCUCUGCGGAAACCCAGCAUCUGAACCGGGAGACUUUCAAGGCUGUGGUGGCUCCUAAUAUUGUCCUCAUAGCCAAGGCCUUCCGGCAACAGUUUGUCAUUCCCGACUUCUCGAGUUUCGUUAAGGACAUCGAGGAGAUCUACUGUCGCUGCAAGAGCAAUACCUUGGGAAAACUGGCCGACUAUAUUCCUCAGUUGGCCCGAUACAGUCCUGAUUUCUGGGGCGUUAGCAUUUGUACAGUGGAUGGCCAGCGGUACUCCAUCGGUGAUGUGGAGGAGCCCUUCACCCUCCAGAGUUGCAGCAAACCACUGACCUAUGCCAUCGCUUUAGAGAAACUGGGACCCAAGGUGGUGCACUCUUACGUUGGCCAGGAGCCAAGUGGAAGGAACUUUAAUGAACUGGUCCUGGAUCAAAACAAGAAACCCCACAACCCGAUGAUCAAUGCUGGUGCCAUACUUACUUGCUCUCUGAUGAAUGCUCUGGUCAAGCCAGACAUGACCUCGGCAGAGAUCUUCGACUAUACCAUGUCCUGGUUCAAGCGUCUCUCCGGCGGCGAGUACAUUGGCUUCAAUAAUGCCGUAUUCCUGUCGGAACGCGAGGCUGCCGAUAGAAACUAUGCCCUAGGCUUCUACAUGCGGGAGAACAAGUGCUUCCCCAAGCGCACCAACCUAAAAGAGGUGAUGGACUACUACUUCCAGUGCUGCUCCAUGGAGACCAACUGCGAGGCCAUGUCGGUGAUUGCCGCCAGCUUGGCCAACGGUGGCAUCUGCCCAACCACCGAGGAGAAGGUCUUCCGGCCGGAAGUCAUACGGGAUGUACUCUCCAUCAUGCACUCCUGCGGCACCUACGACUACUCCGGUCAGUUCGCCUUCAAGGUGGGUCUGCCGGCCAAGUCUGGUGUCAGCGGCGGCAUGAUGCUGGUCAUUCCCAACGUUAUGGGCAUCUUCGCCUGGUCACCGCCCCUGGAUCAUCUGGGCAACACAGUGCGAGGACUGCAGUUCUGCGAGGAACUGGUCAACAUGUUCAACUUCCAUCGCUACGAUAACCUGAAGCACCUGUCCAGCAAGAAGGAUCCCCGCAAGCAUCGCUACGAGACCAAAGGCCUGUCCAUUGUGAACCUUCUGUUCUCGGCUGCCAGCGGAGAUGUCACCGCCUUGAGGCGCCAUCGCCUCUCCGGAAUGGACAUCACCCUGGCCGAUUAUGAUGGCCGCACAGCCCUCCAUCUGGCCGCCUCCGAGGGGCAUCUGGAGUGCGUCAAGUUCCUGCUGGAGCAGUGCCAUGUGCCGCACAAUCCCAAGGAUCGUUGGGGCAACCUGCCAGUGGACGAGGCCGAGAACUUCGGCCACCGUCACGUGGUGGAGUUCCUGUGCUCUUGGGCCGAGAAGGCGGACGUCGCCAGCGAGGAGUGCAAGCCCGAGGCGGUCACCACCAAGACGCAAGCAGAUGAGGUCAGUUCAAGUAUAAAAUCUAGUCAAGAUUCAAGACCCAUUGUCAAGACGAAUCCAUCGAAACCCACUCCCGGUUCAUCUGAUGAAAAACACAAAUCAAACUUUGCUUUUCAGGAAAUUGUCAGCACCAGCGAUCUGGAGACCAGCCCGGCCACCAGUCCCAUUCCUACGCCCGCCGAACCGGGAACGCCGGCCGGAUCCGGCCGCUCCAGUCCGGUGCCAUCGGAUGCGGGUAGUACGGCCAGCGUCGGCAGUGGAAGCAGCAGAGAGGACAAGACCAAGCCAGGACUAUAAGCAGCAGCCGGAGCAGCCGUAGCCGCCCUGUAGAAUCUCGCCUCCCUCUAUCCUCCUAAAUUAUUCGCACAAAAACUUAGGAAAUACGGAAAUACGGUAUUAGAUUAAAGAAUAAGAUUAUGCCCUAUCCAAAAUACCCAGUUCCUCCCACUGGUCACUUGGUCCUUCGUCCUUUGAUCAGGACGUACUUGUAGUCCUUAGUUAGCCGCAUCUAUUCCAGGGUAUACUUCGAAACAAUGACAAUAAUCUUAACAAAUAUCGACUAACCCACAAGGAAUGAGGGUCUGUGACCCGUCUUAACUUUAUUUUGCAUUCAAAUUCGUCAAUUGAUAUUUGUAUGUGCUUAUGUGUAUAUGUAUGUGUGUUUGUAUACAUGUAUUGAUUAUCCUGUUCCAAUAAGCCAGGCCAUAUUAAGGCUCUGGUCAUUAAAUAUACAACAUAUAUGUAUACAUAGUUAGAUGAUCGAAAAUAAAUAGUUUUAUGACACAUUUGUGUCUUUACUUCA